AUGUCAGAUUUCGCGCCGCCUUCCGGGCCACCUCCACCGAAGGUCCCGGAAGGCUGGAAGGCUGUCUGGAAUGAUCAAUACAAAGAAUGGUUCUAUGUCAACCUCCAUACCAAAGAAUCGACGUGGGAGAAGCCUACUGCGCCGACCCCUGGCACAGAUGCAGAUGCCCCGCCUGGAGGGCCUCCUCCGUCCUACUCUGGUCACAACGCCCCUCAAGUUUCCGAUGCCAAGCGCCCAUUAGAAUCAAACAACCCAUACAACAGAGGCUCUCAGGAGACGGACGAGGAGAUGGCUCGACGGCUUCAAAAUGAAGAGAACACGCGCGGCGCGGCCGAGUCGUACUACAACUCAGGCAGUAGCAGUGGUCCUAAUCCUCCUGGCAUUCAAGGUGGUUACCCCGGCGCUCCCUCAUCUCCCUCGAACCCGCUCCCUCCACGACCAGACAGUUCUGGCAAAUCGAAAGGCUUUUUGGGCAAGUUGCUUGGAAAGUCGAGCGGCAGCUCCUCGCCAUAUGUGCAACAAGCACGCCCCGGUGCUGGCUACCCUCCCCAACCUGCAGGCUAUAACCAAGGCUACCCAGCCGGCCCUCCGGGUCCAGGCUUUGGAGGUCCAGGUUAUGGUCCUCCUGGGCCUGGAUAUGGCGGCUAUGGGCCACCGCAGGGUUAUGGCGGAUACCCACCCGGUCCAGGAUACGGCGGCUAUGGAGGAUAUGCACAAGCACCACCCAAACGAUCUGGUGGUCUCGGCGCAGGUGGCGCGGCAGCACUAGGUCUAGGUGGUGGUCUCCUUGGCGGUGCACUGCUAGCUGAUGCCUUCAACGAUUCGGAGCAGGGUGCCUAUCAGCAGGGUUACGACGAUGGAGCGGAUGGCGGUGGUGGUGAUUUUGAUGGUGGCGGAGACUUUUAA